ACGCCUCGGAUUGCGCAUCUAUAGUAUUACGACCUCCACGAGCCUCUUAUACCUCUCGGGCUUGUCAUGAGUUUCUUCCGAUCCAACAAUCAGACCCCACAGCCUUCUCAAGGGCCGUAUUCUCGCGUACCGCCUGGUAGUGCUGCCAGUAACCGCGAAUUCGAUUCGGGCAGUCGUGGGCCACGCGUUCCAGCGCCGAGAUAUGAUGACAGUGCGGCCUACGAGAAGCGGGCCCCUGAACAUAGAUCUCAUGUCCACGCUGAUCGAGGGGGAGCAUUCGGAGUUGCAGGAGCCCCCAGCGACGCGCUGGCCCUUACAAACUGCUUGAUAGUGCACCCGCAAGACUUCCCUGAAGGUCGACAUGUCCUCGUGAAGCAGCAAUUCCCUCUGACGACCAGACAUGACAACACUGGCAAGCUCGCGCCAGGCACCAUUGGUGCAUCUGCUGUCCAACGACAAUGGAUUGGGCUCUCUCUGACAGGCGAUGAGGUCACUGUCCAGACCAUAUCUCCGGCGCCCGCAUACAUCCAAUCUGUUGACCUCGAGGUCGGCUUCAUGCGCCGCGGGGCCGAGAACGCUCAGCCUUUCUCUGCGGACGAGAUGACGAAGAAUUUCCUGAAGGCUUUCAGCGGGAUCGUGCUCGCUGUCGGAGAAAUCCUCGUUUUCGAGUUUCAUGGGCAGAAUUUGAAGGCGACUGUAAAGGCGCUGAGCGUUGUCGAGCUGCCUGAUAGGCACGGCGGCGGGGCGGCGUCCCACCAUUACGGUGUGAUCAUGGAGAAGUCGGAUAUUGCGUUCAUAAAGGCGAGUGAUAGCGCGAUCAAGCUCAAGUCCAGUGCAAAGAAGGCUCCACCAAAUGCCAUUCUGGCGGCGAACUUCAAGUUCGAAGACAUGGGUAUCGGUGGUCUAGACGAUGAGUUCAGCGCUAUCUUCCGUCGUGCCUUCGCAUCGCGUGUGUUCCCUCCUGGCCUCGUGGAGAGGCUUGGUAUCCAGCACGUUAAAGGCAUUCUUCUUCAUGGACCACCUGGAACGGGAAAGACCCUCAUGGCGCGGCAAAUCGGAAAGAUGCUCAAUGCCCGAGAGCCCAAGAUUGUCAAUGGUCCUGAGAUUCUGAACAAGUACGUCGGUGCAUCCGAAGAAAAUAUCCGGAAAUUGUUCGCCGAUGCAGAGAAGGAGUACAAAGAGAAAGGCGAUGAGAGUGGGCUACACAUCAUCAUCUUUGAUGAGUUGGACGCCAUUUGCAAGCAGCGUGGGUCGACUGGCGGGGGAACUGGUGUCGGCGACAGCGUCGUCAACCAGCUGCUAUCCAAAAUGGAUGGUGUCGACCAACUGAACAACAUCCUCAUUAUCGGAAUGACCAACCGGCUUGACAUGAUUGAUGAGGCGCUGCUCCGUCCCGGCCGUCUUGAGGUGCACAUGGAAGUGUCGCUGCCUGACGAGCACGGGCGGCUACAAAUCCUGACAAUCCACACUGCGAAGAUGCGUACCAACGGCAUCAUGGCACCGGAUGUGAGCCUUGCGGAGCUCGCUGCGCUCACGAAGAAUUUCUCGGGUGCGGAGAUCAAUGGUCUCGUCAAGAGCGCGACGAGUUUUGCGUUCGCGCGGCACGUGAAGGUCGGGACGCUGGCGGGAAUAUCCGACGACGUCGAGAAUCUGAGAGUGAACCGGGACGACUUCUUGAACGCGAUGGAAGAAGUGCAGCCUGCGUUCGGUGCCGCCAAGGAGGAACUCGACCACGUUGUCGAGAAUGGCAUCAUCCACUAUUCAACCACGGUCGAGCACAUCCUCCGCUCGGGUAAACUAUUUGUCGACCAAGUCCGCACUUCCACUCGCACCCCUCUCGUCAGCGUUCUGCUGCACGGCCCGCCAGGUUCAGGCAAGACGGCACUGGCGGCGACGAUCGCGCAGGCGUCACAGUAUCCGUUCAUGAAGUUGAUCUCACCAGACAGCAUGGUCGGCUUCUCUGAGGCCCAGAAGGUCGCGUCCAUCAACAAGGUCUUCUCGGACAGUAAUAAGAGUCCACUCAGCGUGAUCGUCGUGGACAACGUGGAGCGACUGCUCGACUUCACGCCAAUUGGUCCUCGAUUCUCGAAUGUUGUCCUUCAGACAUUGAUGGUGCUCCUUUCACGGCGCCCACCCAAGGGCCGACGCCUGCUGAUUAUCGCAACUUCGUCAUUGCGUCCCGUGCUGACAGAUCUUGGUCUCUCAGAGAUCUUCGACUCGGAGCUGCGCGUGCCACCCGUAUCGAGUCUACGUGCUGUGGACCAAGUCCUGGAGGAGCUCGAACUCUUCCCGAGCGGACAGGCGCGCCGCGAGGCGAUUCGCAUGCUCGAACAGGCCGGGUUUGGCAGCCUGGACGCGCCCGAGGACGACACGUCGUCGAGGCUCAACGUCGGCAUCAAGAAGCUGCUCAGCAUCGUCGAGAUGGCGAGGCAGGAGCCGGAUGCUGUGGCGGAACGGUUGACACAGGUGUUGCUGGGCCUGUGAAUGUAGAGUGGCAUAGACUGUAUUGUACCUGACGUGUAUUUGUUCCAUCCAAUGGACUGUUUUCAGGAUUACU